GCGCGUCGUGCCCUGCGCUGCCCAGACUAGCGAACAAUACAGUCAGAAUGGCUAAAGGUGACCCCAAGAAACCAAAGGGCAAGAUGUCUGCUUAUGCCUUCUUCGUGCAGACAUGCAGGGAAGAACAUAAGAAGAAAAACCCAGAGGUCCCAGUCAAUUUUGCAGAGUUUUCCAAGAAGUGCUCUGAGAGGUGGAAGACAAUGUCCAGUAAGGAAAAAUCGAAGUUUGAUGAAAUGGCAAAGGCGGAUAAAGUCCGCUAUGAUCGGGAAAUGAAAGAUUAUGGACCAGCUAAAGGAGGCAAGAAAAAGAAGGAUCCCAAUGCCCCCAAAAGACCACCGUCUGGAUUUUUCUUAUUCUGCUCCGAAUUCCGCCCCAAGAUCAAAUCCACAAACCCUGGCAUCUCCAUUGGAGAUGUGGCAAAAAAGCUGGGUGAGAUGUGGAAUAACUUAAGUGACAGUGAAAAGCAGCCUUACAUUACCAAGGCCGCAAAGCUGAAGGAGAAGUAUGAGAAGGAUGUUGCUGACUAUAAGUCUAAAGGAAAGUUUGAUGGCGCCAAGGGUCCUGCUAAAGUUGCCCGGAAAAAGGUGGAAGAGGAAGAGGAGGAGGAGGAAGAGGAAGAAGAGGAGGAGGAAGAAGAGGAAGAUGAAUAAAACCUCUGUCUCCUUGUGAAUACAUUAGAGUAGGAGAGCGCCGUGAUUGACACAUCUCGUAUUUGAGCCGUGUCUAUUGCCCUUGUUAGGUUUAAUUACAAAAUUUGAUCACGAUCAUAUUGUAGUUUCUCAAAGUGUCAGUGGUUUACAUGAAGUGGCCGUGGGUGUGCGGAGCGCCCUGAAACUGUAUCAAAGUUGUACAUAGCUCCAAACAUUUUUAAAAAGAAAAGGCACUCUCGUGUUCUCCUCACUCUGUGCACUUUGCUGUUGGUGUGACAAGGCAUUUGAAGAUGUUCCUGGAAUUUUGUUUUCAACUCGUAAGGUAGUGUUAACUAUAUGGUUGGUUAUUGGCUAGAAAUCCUGAGUUGUCAACUGUACAUAUCUAUAGUUUGUAAAGAAAACAAACAACCCAGACAGAUUCUUGAUGCUCCUUGUUUGACGUGGAGGCUGUGAGGGGAAGAUGCCUUUGGAGGAGGCCGUAGCUCAGGGCGUGCACUGUGAGGCUGGACCUGUUGAUACUGCGGUGGGCAUCCAUUUAGCUUCAGGUUGUCUUGUUUUUGUAUAUAGUGGCAUAGCAUUCUGCUGACAUUCUUAGUUGUGGAAAAGGGGGGAGGGGUCAGCUGGCAUGAGAAGUGUUUGGAUUUUUCUUCAGUUAAGUGCCGUAGAUUUAAAACCGUUUUUAAACAAACUGUAGAA